AUGAAUGAUAUGCUUCGAUCGCCACCAAUGACCGCCCACCUCUUCAACCAGACGUAUCCUCCACGAUUUGAGCCGGUGCAAGCUCGGACGCGAUCACGAACUGCUCCAUCGACGCCUUACCACGAGGCACCGGCUGUCGAAUACGUCGAGCUACCAGGGUCGUCUCCGCUCGACCGAAACGAGGCAUUUCGAGGAAGCAAGGACGCCAAACCUGCACAUCUACCUGUUAUACCACAUCUCAGUCUUCAGAUGGAAGCCAAGAAUCUACACCCGCACUCUAAUCCGCAAGAUUUCCUCUUCUACUCGCCGGACGAUGUGUGCCCUCGAACGCCGCGUCAGUCUGCUUCGCCUGCCUCUCAUCGCAAGGAAAGAGGUAGUACCAUUGUCUCCAAACCCGGUCCAGAAAACGAAGGUGUCAUGUCACUCCCGAACCUUUCCACAGCAGACACACUGGUCGCCAUUGAACGAGGAGGACUCAGCUUGAGUACCAACCCGGUCUACUCGCCUCUCUCCGCAAGCACCCCGUCUUCUAACGGCAUGCCACUUUGCGUUUCCUCAUCACGUACCGCCAGCGCGAACGCAGUACUCCAAACCACCGCACAACGCAAAGAUAUGGAAGCCGCAGAGCAGAGGACGACAGAAUACAAUGCAGGCGGCUUCGAAGAGAUCUGUCGCUUGCGUCGCUCUCAUGAAUCCCACCUCAAGAGUUUGAAAGUGGCCCACAAGAAGGAACUGGAAAGUUUGCGCUCUUACAUUUCAAUGCUGGAGGAACGCCAAAGGACAGCCUUCAGACGAGAGGUCGCUGGUGGUUGUGAACCUCCUCGUGGUGGUAUUAGUGCUCCACUGCCCAGCUUCACUGAAGCCACUCGCAAUAGUGGGUCUCCGAGAGCUCGACCCUCUGAAUGGAGCGACAAAACGAUCCGAAGGGCUGAGCAGAACAGUCAACAUACCAUUGACGACCUUCGAGCCACUGUUCGCAAAGCCAAAGAUAACGAGAAAACAUUGCGAAAUACAAUUUCAGACCUCCAGGCGAGGCUUGUUGCUGCGAACAACGAACGCACUGAUGUGCUUGAAGGAUACCAUGAUGCUUGCGUCAAGAUCCGCCAGCUUGUCACCACUCAUGUGCCAGCGGAGCAACGACUCGAGCCAGUAGACAAUCCUCCUACCAGGCCAGCAGAAGGAAGAAAUACUCCCGAUUUCGCCAAAUACUUGCAGUGCGCGAAUCCGCUCUGGCAGCAGAUGCAGGACCUUCGGCGCAUGCUUGCGGAGAAGGAGAUACGAACACAACAGCUGGAAGAAGCUGAGGCGGCGAAGAGCGAUCCAAGUGUCGCGGAAAAGCGGCUUGCGGAGGUCGAAGAGGCUUUGCUGCAGCACAAGCAGAUGUCGACCACAGCUCAUAAUCAACGUAAACGGUACAACAAGCCCUCGCACCAUGAGCUGUGCCGCCACACCCGAGAAGCUGUUCAAAGGGCAGAUUCGAAUCGAAGCACUCAGAAAGACGGCAUCGGUGAUAUCGUUGAUGGGGUGGCCCGCCAGAAAGCCAGAGGUGAUGUACAAGGGUUGCCUGUUGGCGACAAUCAGACAGCGCCAUCGGCAUCGCUCCUGGGAUUGGAGCUGGAGCAUUGUAUGGCGGAAACUGCUAGGUAUAAGCUCGAGGCGAAGGAGUCCCGUAGACAUUUGAGGAAAGCGCAGGCUGAGCUACUCAAUCUGCGCGAGCAAGACCAAGGAACACAGUUACGGCCUCCAUUGGACAUUGCACGAGGUACCGAGACCGUCGGUCCAACUUCAGCGCCCAAGACAGAUAUCCAGUCUCUGGUGCAUCGAGAUGACGGCUCUGAGAACAUCAACGCAGCUUCAACACGCAAGGCGGCUCUUCAGUCUCCAUUGCGUCAAGAAAAUGGUUCCGAAGGUGUCAACGCCGGUCUAGGCAUCUCGUUUGCAAAGCCUGGGUACCGGAAGCCAGAUGCAGUCGCCAGUACUACGGCAACCAUCCCAUCAUCCUUAUCCUUGACAGUGUCGUGUUCUGGAGAGACUCUCCCGAAGCCCCGCGCAAGCUCUUCAACGUCUCUCGACACGAACAAAUGUCUCCCAGAGCCGCCCGCUGUUCUCACGUCAGAUACACUGUCUGUCGUGCGGUCGAGAAGCGGAGCUCCAUCGAGAACUGAUGCUAAUCGCUCGCUGUCGGAUUCAAUGUUGUCUUCUCAUUCCAGCCGGACGUUACCAAUUGCAGGUUCUAAGUGUGCGCUUGGGAGGAUGGAUGAACUGAGACCGUCCAUUGACUCUGUCAAGUCGAGUACGGUAUCGUCCACAGCUUAG